UGAUCAGAAGGUCGGCGGUUCGAGUCCCUGUGACGGGGUGAGCUCCCGUUGCUCGGUCCCAGCUCCUGCCAACCUAGCAGUUCGAAAGCACAUCAAAAUGCAAGUAGAUAAAUAGGAACCGCUACAGCGGGAAGGUAAACGGCGUUUCCAUGUGCUGCUCUGGUUUGCCAGAAGCAGCUUUGUCAUGCUGGCCACAUGAACUGGAAGCUGUACGCCGGCUCCCUCGGCCAAUAAUGCGAGAUGAGCGCGCAACCCCAGAGUCGGUCACGACUGGACCUAAUGGUCAGGGGUCCCUUUACCUUUACCUUUAUCCCUCCCUCCUACCCCUGGCAAAAUCUGAUUCCAUCGAGGGCUGUCUCCUUCUCAGCCUAGCCUACAUCACAGGGUUGUUGUGGGUAUUAAAUGAGGAAGGGGGCAGACAUGCAUGCCUCCUUGAGCUCCUUGGAUAACAAAAGGGUGGGAUAUAAAUGCAAUGAAAUGGGGCAAAAAAAUAUCCUGCAAAUUGCUGCUUGCCUCCAUGCCGCCAGGCAACUAAGCACCACAAACUCUGGGUGUUAUUUUUUUUCAUUUAGGCCCCAGACAGCUGAAUAGUCCAGGUGUGUACAGGCACCUCUCCCCCCCUCCAUCUAUUGCAGAUUCCAAGUGGGUUUUUUGGGGGGGGCGGUAUGUUCACCUUUAAGAGGGAAGAAGGGCUGCAGCCCAUUGGCACAACUUUACAUCUGUUUGCUAUGCCGAAUGCCCCAGGUAAACUUCCCUCCAUAUAAGGCACAUUGCCCAUUCUGAAAUUCUGUGCCGAUCGCAGGUGUACAGAGUGAUUUGCUCUGAAUGGUCGGCUGUAGGUCGACAAGGAUUUCUGACUCUCGACUGUUUCGUAACAUCAACAACAAAACUGCUAUGCCCACCUGAGUUGGAGCCAGGAGUUGUGUGGAAUAUCUGGUCCUGGAAUGGAAACAGGCUCAACGCAUGCUCAGAGGCACCCUGCCCUUAAAUUCUAAUUGCAUGCCUUGUGUAGCUACUGGGCUGGGUUGGUUGGUCUUGGAGGGGAGGGGUUCUAGUAAAAUUCAACAAGCCUGCAGUCUACCUGCCUCUUAGGUACAGCUCCUGCCAAUGAAUAUGCCUCCUCUCGAGGAGGAGAAAGAGGAGGAAGAUUGAUGCCCACAUAUAGGUUGCCAAUGGGACUUGGGGUGCAACAGUGAGAGCCAGUGUGGUGUAGUGGUUAACAUAGCUGCCAAGUUAGCCCUUUUUUAAGGGAAAUUCCCUUAUGCUGAAUAGGCUUCCUCGCGAGAAAAGGGAAAACUUGGCAGCUAUGGUGGUUAAGAGCAGUAGACUCGUAAGCUGGUGAACCGGGUUCGAUUCCCCGCUCCUCCACAUGCAGCUGCUGGGUGACCUUGGGCUAGUCACACUUCUCCGAAGUCUCUCAGCCCCACCCACCUCACAGGGUGUUUGUUGUGGGGGAGGAGGGGAAAGGAGAAUGUUAGCCGCUUUGAGACUCCUUUGGGUAGUGAUAAAGCGGGAUAUCAAAUCCAAAUUCUCUAAUAAGAGAGAAAACAACAACAAGCGAGAGGCUUUGGGCAUUUAGGGACUAACAGUUUUGCUGUGGCAGAUUUAAAGCAGCUCUCCAUUGAGGUGCCCCAGUGUUCUUUGGGUUAUUUUUUGCUGCACUACCUUGGGUAGUGAUAAAGUGGGAUAUCAAAUCCAAACUCCUCCUCCUCCUCCUUCUCCCCUACAAAGAAAGCUUGCAGCUUUUGGGACUUUUUUGUUUAGAGAAAAGUAAGAGGCGACAUGCUAGAAGUUUACAAAAUCAUGCCUGCUACAGAGAAAGUGCAUGGAGAAAAGUUGCUCUCUCUCUCUCUCAUAGAAUCAUAGAGUUGGAAGAGACCACAAGGGCCAUCCAGUCCAACCCCCUGCCAAGCAGGAAACACCAUCAAAGCAUUACCUAACACCAGAACUUGGGGGCAUCCAGUGAUGCAGGAAGUUGGAAGAUUCAGGACACAUAAAAGGAAGCACUUCUUUAUGCAGUGCAUAGUUAAAGUGUGGAGGCAGGAGGCAGUGACAAGUGGGUGGCUUUCAAAGAGGAUUGGACCAAUUCAUGGAGGAGGAGAGGGCUCUCAAUGGCUACCAGCCACAAUGGCUAUGCUCUUUGGUCAGAGGCAGUAAAUGCUUCUGAAUCCCAGUUGCUGGAACCCACUAGGAGAGAGCGUUGCUCUUGUGCUCGGAUCCUGCUUGCAGGUUUUCCACAAGAGGCAGCUGGUCAGCCACUGUGAGAACAGGGGUGCUGGACUGGAUGGGCCCCCUUUGGCCUGAUCCAGCAAGCUUUUUUCAUGUCCUUGUGCCGCUUAUACAUUACAAGGAGUGCGACUCUGUGUUGUGCCUAUAUACACACAGGCUCUCCUUCUUGAGAAAAAAAAACCCGGUUUCCUGCCACUCCAUCCUGCUGUGUAAUUUCCUCGUCUCCCAGAACUUCUGCGAAGUUAUGACUCAGGGUCUCCCGAAUGGCCGGCCGCUCUGGAAGAACGGCCCGACUUCCAGCCCCCCACCCCCACCCGAAGGUCAGAUCUGUACCACCCACCAGAGCACACCCUGAGCGGGAAGAAACAGCACGGAUUCUCAUUAAGACCCCUGGCAUCCAAGCGGGCGUCUCUGUGGGGUCACUCAUCAUAACCCCAGAAACACAUACUGACUGCGUAGGAACACAGGAAACUGCCUUAGCCUCAGGCAACCAGCCCACUUGGUUCAGUAAUGUCUACACUGACUGGCAGCAGCUGCCCAGGAUUUCAGGCAGGGGGCAGGCCCAGCCCUACCCGGGGAUGCUGUCAGCAUCUGAAUCCAGGACCUUCUGCAUCCAAAGCAGGUGUCUGCAAACAGAAGCAUUUACCUGGGGGAUAAAAGGGAGGAGAGAGAUUUCUGAAACUGGAUUGCAGCCCCUGUAUGUGUUGCAGCUGCAAUGUGGACAAAGAAGAGUCAGAAAGAGGAUUUUUUUUAUUAAAAAAAAGAUAGAUAAAAGUGUCACGGAUCUCUCUUGCAGUCCCUUCCCCUCUCCUCUGCCUUCCCGGAAUGAGGGCAGUUCUAAGAGAAAGCAGGUCACGUGGCAGCAAGGGGAGGGUCCAUAGACCGGCAGGUAAAUCUGCCAUCAGCUGGUCAUUUGAGACACAUACCGGUACACACAGAGAGAGAUUCAGCUGUCAGCUGGCUGGCGUGAAAAAGCAGCAGCGGAAAACCCCCCUUCUGCAAACGGGAGCAUGGAAACUCAGGUUCUGCAGUGCGUUGGCUGCCAUGCCGGUCCUUAAGAACCCCUGCAAGCUCAAGAUGGCCAACGGGGACACGAGUGGCAGCGGUGGGGGUGGCUCGCUGAUCCUGGAGAAGGAAAGUCACCGGGGAACCAACCCUUUUGAAGAAGACCUUGAGGAGAACGAGAGAGACUCUUUCCUGGGGAGUGACUCCCCUGAGAGCAGGAACCCUUCCCCAGAUGACGGUGGCAGCUUUGAGCGGGACCUUUUCAACGGCAGCCCCGAGGGGUGCUACAGGCGGCGGGCGACGCUGGAGAAGCUGGUGGGGCUGUCUCCCUUCCGCAUUGGCAAAGGGAAGAAGAAGUCCCCCGGCAGCGGGGAGAAGGGCUCGGACAGGAGGUCCUUCUUGGGCCGCAUGAUGAUCCCCUUGACGGAGGGCAACCAGGGGACCCCGGAGAAGAGGAAGACGCGGCGCAGCUCCGAAGACUUCAGCCUGCUCCAGCUCCUGAACGGCCGCCGCAAGGAGAGCCUCUACGGUUUCGAAUGCGGCCUGUCGGAGAAGGAGAACGGCGGUGGGGGAGACAAGCGCAUGUCCUUCCUCAAGAUCGGGCUGGGUGGGAAGGUGCGCAGAGCUUCGCUGGUGGAGAAGCUCAACCAGACCGAGGCGUCGGAAGCGGCGCCCGUCACCGAGGAGGCCGAGGUCAAGGUGAAGGAGCCGCUCUCUGUUCUGGAAAUCCUGAACCUGAUCCACAAAAGGGAUCUCCUGGUGGCUGACGAGCACAUCAUCGAACUGGAGGCCGAGUGUGAGCAGGAUGGGCAGCAGAGCACGGAGGGCAGCGAAGUCCGGAAAUCUGGGAGUCGGAAGGCCAAGGACGUGGCGCUGCUGUACGAGGCCCUGCAGAAGGAGCUUUGGGCCGUCCUGGCCGAGGCUCUGGCCGGCAAGAGCUCCUGCCCCGCCCUGGAGCUCGUGGUGCGAGUGAUCGAGCAGGAGGAGGACACCGACUGCAAGUGGCUGGCGGCUCAAGGGGACAGGGCAGGGGGUUGCGGACCCCGUCCGCGAGCCAUGAAGCAGCAGUGGGCUGAGGCGGUGCGCCAGCUGGUUGGACAGCGGCUGCGCCAGUGCACCGAGGGCAGGGUCCUCCCUGUGGCCACGCAGAUGGACCGCCUGGCCAAGUGCGCCCUGGAGGACCUUUGCACCGUCAAGUUCCACCUCUUGCAUGCCUACCCCAAGGAGUAUGAGGCCUUCGGGGUCUACCUCGGCAGCUUCCACCUGGGACUGGCCAGGUGCCUGGCCGAGGCGGUCCAAAAGAAGCUGAGCAUCUCCGACCUCUACUUCGUCCUGGACUGGAGCAGGAACAUCUACCAGAGAGAAGUUCUUGGCCGAGCAGAAAUCUCCUCCCUGGUCAAGACCCAGGAGCUCGGCCCGCUGCUGUCCCCCGAGACCCAACUGAGCCUGGAAGAGGACCUCAUCGCUGCUGUGAAGGCAAAGAUCACCGAGGACAUGAGCCAAGAGCUUCAGAAGGAGGAGGAGAGGUGGGCGCAAGAAGACGCAGGCGACAGCUUCCAGUUCGGCCUGUCUGGCAAAGUCAUACUGGUGCUAAAGGCUCACAUAGACAAAGCCCCCCAGAUCACAGAAGAUUUUGGAAGAAGGAUGGCGCAUUGCUGCCUGAGCUGCCUGGCAGACUUCCUCCAGAGUUUUCAGAAGAAGGUCGAAAGGUUCCACGAGGGGCAGCAGAUUGAGACCACCCUCACUGCCGACGCCUUAAUGGGCCGGACCAUCAUGCUCAUCAACCACUGCCCACCUUUCAGGGAUUACGUGGAGCGCUUGGCGAGGUUCGGCCACCCCGAGAGCGAGGCAGUGAGGUGCCAGGCCAACACCUCCCUUGACAGAGUGACUCGACUGUGCAACAGGGUGUUGGCUGACCACCUCUUUCAAAACCUCAAGCCCCACUUCCAAAAGCUGAUGAAAAGGAAGUGGCUCAGCAACUCGGACGCCUUCUCCACCAUCAUGGGUACCCUGGAAGAACACGCCCAGAGGCUGAGGAAGAUGAAGCUGGAGCCGUACCAGAUGCUUCUGAAGGAUGUGCACCGCCAGGUCCUCAUCGAGUACGUCCGGCCCCUGAUGCAAGUCCGGUUCGUCUGCACCACCUCCAAGAUGAGGACCAAGAUGGCAAACAAACUGCGGCGUGAAGCCAAGGAGCUGGAGGAGUUCUUCACCCAGCUGGAAUCCAACUCAUCCUGGCUGGACAAGGUUGUCCCACACCUGGCCGAGAUCAUUGAGCUGGAAGACAUUGCUGCCAUCCAACUGGAAGUGGGCUUCCUCGCAAAAGACUUUCCCGACGUGCAGAAGAAGCAUGUGUCUGCCAUCUUGGACAUCCGCGGUCUGCAGAACCAGUCUCACCGCCAGGACAUCCUGGCCGCCAUAGAGAGCCUGGAGCCGACAGAGGAUGGGGAGGUGCCCUGCCUGGACCGAGCCUUCUUCAAUGACAUCCGCACCAGCAAGGUCUUCUGCGUCCGCCUCCAGCUGCAGUACGUCUCGUUCCUGGGGGUGACCGGACUCUCGCGGCUCCGCCAGAUGCCUUGGCGGCGGCGGCGGCAACAACAACAGCAGAAGCGUCGGCACAGGCAGCGGCCCAAAGAGAGCGAGGCCGAGUCGCAGGUGUGAGGGCGGGCGCCCUGCCAAACAGUGGACUCCCUCGCUCAGCCGCCAGGUUAUGGGGCGGGGGCCUGGAGCCUCCCACAGGGGGUGCCUUUUCUGUCCCCCAAAGAGCCACCCGCUGCAGUGCUCCAACUCUGAAUGAGGGCUGUGGCACCCGCUCCCCGCAAGAGCCAGCUGUAUUUGUUGCUUGCAUUUUAUUCCGCAGCCGAGAUUUCGCAGGCAUCCUGGCCACAUUUCAAAGUACCUGGGUGGUUGAAGGAAAGGACUCCUCUCCUAUUAACUGGGAUGCAGGUUUAAAACUUUAAAGCUAAGGUUGCAAAAGGGGACAGGGAGGGAGAUGUUUAUGCAUCCGUUAAAGAAGAAUCCAGCUCUGCCUGGAACAGGGGAAAUCGAGCCACUGGUAUAUCAUGAGAGAUGGGCAAAAUCAUUUAUUUAAGUCGUGUUGGGAACCUUUUCCAGGCGGAGGGCCGCAUUUCUCCUGAAUCAACCUCCCAAGGGCCACAGGUGGGCGGUGCCAGAUGUCAAAGUGGGCGGGGCAAUGGAUGUAAAUUUUUACCUCUGUACAGUGGGCUCAUUUCUGCGCAUACUCCCUCCUUGCCCUCCCUCGAGAGGCAAACAAGAAACAUCAUCAGAGUUCUGGGGGCCACAUGGAGAGGACUCAGGGGGCCACAUUCAGAUCCUGACACACAGCUACGUGAACUGUUCAUACGUUGAAGUUCUACUGCAUAAUUUAGUUCCUUAUAUGGCAAGAGAUGUAUGGGGGUUACCCGACCCUCUGCUCAAAGUAGGGGGCACAUCUCACCUCCCCCCACUUCCGUGACUCAGUUUCUCCCUUGGACCAGGGGGCAGAUGGUUGGCACAGGACAAAGUGAGGGUUGGAGUAAGCGAGGCCUUAAGGGAGUAAGUAUACCUGCUCUGGAUGUAUGUAUGUAUAAAUAAAUAAAUGCAUAUUAAUUUAAUACCACCCUUUCUUUUGUAUAUUUUGGGGUGGGUGGGUGGCCAGCAU